CUCCUAUACACUUGUAAAAACUCGUGUAUAAAUAUAUUAUAUAUUUCUGUCGGCAUAGAAAAAAAAAAGGAGAAAAGGAGAGAGAAAGAGAAAGAAAGAGAGAGAUGGUUGAAGUUGUCAAUUAUUUUUGAUAAAUGACUGUGGAAGAAGAUCAAGAGUGAAGUAAAUUCCCAACAAAAAGGAUAACAUAUUUUUCUUCGAAACUCACUUCCCCGGUCGGCGAUCGAUGGCGACUUACCUUCAUGGCAAUUCUGAUCAAUUCCAAUCUUCUGAUGGCGGCCUUCAAACCCUUGUCUUAAUGAAUCCAAGCUAUGUUCAAUUCUCCGAUACGCCUCCACCUCCGUCACACCCUAAUCUCGUCUUCUUCAAUUCUUCUUCUACUGCUGCUAAUACUUUCUCUACACUGGCACAAGCCCCUCCCUCGUCUCAUACUCAACAAUUCGUUGGAAUUCCGUUACAGACCACGGCUGCUUCCCCGACAUCCCAAGACCACAAUUCGCACCCUUUGAAUCCCCACCAUGAUAUCUCUGCCUUGCACGGCUUUGUUCCGCGUGUUCAGCAUAACGUUUGGAGCACAAUCGAUCCUUCCACGGCGGCGCGUGAUUCUGCACGCGCUCAGCAGGGGUUGUCUUUGAGCCUUUCUUCGCAACAUCCGCAGGGUUUUGGGUCGAGAGAUAUUCAAUCGCAGACCCAACAGGCCGCUUCUGGCGAGGAGAACAUGCGAGUCUCUGGCGGAUCGAGUUCUUCGGCUUCCGCUGUCACUAACGGCGUGGCUGGAAUUCAGAGUGUUUUAAUUAGCUCCAAAUAUCUUAAGGCUGCGCAAGAACUUCUAGACGAGGUUGUGAAUGUCACCCAAAAAGGAAUUAAAAGUGAAUCAUCCCCAAAGAAGGCCACCGGAAAUCAAUCGAAGGUGAUGGGAGAUGCAUCCGCUGUCACAGGAACUGCAGACGGCUCGUUAGAAGGAGAAGCCGACGGUAAACGUGCUGCCGAGAUAACAACCGCCGAGAGACAAGAAAUUCAGAUGAAGAAAGCAAAGCUUAUAAGCAUGCUUGACGAGGUGGAGCAGAGGUACAGACAGUACCACCACCAGAUGCAGAUAGUAAUAUCCUCAUUCGAGCAGGCAGCCGGAGCCGGUUCCGCAAAAACCUACACCGCCCUCGCACUUCAGACGAUUUCGAAGCAAUUCCGCUGCUUAAAAGAUGCAAUUACCGGCCAAAUCCGAGCGGCGAACAAGAGUUUGGGUGAAGAAGAAUGUAUGGGAAGAAAAAUGGAAGGUUCCCGGUUGAAAUUCGUCGAUCACCAUCUCCGGCAACAACGAGCUCUGCAACAAUUGGGCAUGAUCCAACACAAUGCUUGGAGACCCCAGAGAGGCUUACCGGAGAGAUCCGUUUCGAUUCUUCGUGCUUGGCUUUUCGAACACUUCCUCCAUCCUUACCCUAAGGAUUCAGAUAAACACAUGCUCGCUAAGCAAACCGGGCUCACCAGAAGCCAGGUUUCGAAUUGGUUCAUAAACGCGAGAGUUCGACUGUGGAAGCCAAUGGUGGAAGAGAUGUACAUGGAGGAAAUCAAAGAGCAAGAACAGAACGGCGGCAAAUCGACACCCACGACGGAAAAAAGCAACGACGAUUCGGUCGCGAAAUCCAUAGCUCCACCACCGGAAACAAAAAGCCCCAAUUUAAAACAAGAGAACUCUCCAAACCAUAACGUCCAUCCUUCAAUCUCAAUCUCAAAUUCCUCCGGCGGAAAUGUUCGAAACCCAUCUGGAUUUACACUCAUCGGAACCUCAUCGGAACUCGACGGAAUCACACAAGGAAGCCCCAAAAAACAAAGAGGCCCAGAAAUCCUUCAUUCCUCAAACAACAACAACAACGUCCCUUUCAUAAACAUGGACAUCAAACCUCGAGAAGAAGAAGAACGUCAAAAUCACAAUCACAAUCCCCAUCACAAUCAUCAUCUUGCAAUGAAAUUCGACGAAGAGAGACAAAACAGAGAUGGGUAUUCAUUUCUAGGCCAACCCCAUUUCAACAUCGGCGGAUUCGGCCAAUACCCAAUCGGUGAAAUCGCCAGAUUCGACGCCGAUCAGUUCACUCCAAGAUUCUCCGGCAACAAUGGCGUCUCUUUGACUUUAGGCCUUCCCCAUUGCGAAAACCUCCCCUUAAACGCAGCUACCCAUCAAAGCUUCCUCCCAAACCAGAGCAUCCAUUUAGGAAGAAGAACAGAAAUUGGAAAACCCACUGAUUUUUCCGCCAUUAACGCCUCUACAGCUCACUCUUCCACUGCUUUUGAGACCAUCAAUAUCCAAAAUGGAAAAAGGUUCGCUGCUCAAUUACUGCCAGACUUUGUGGCCUAAACCAAAAUUUCAAAACACAGAGUAAAAUUCAAUCCGCCAUUGUCAGAUUCUGAGCAAACACAGAUUGGAGGAAGAGAUUGUUGUAAGGUACUACUGUAAAAAAAGAACACAACAAAAAGACAAAAAAAGAAAAUUAAAUAAGCAAAUUUUAAUAGUAUAGUUUUAAAUUUUUUUUUUUUUUUUUCCAUUUACACUUUGCAUAGAAUUAUAAAUCUCAGUCAGUGGGUUAAUUAGGAUUUAGGGUAUAUGAGUAUAUAUAUUUUUGGGGAUUGUAUAUUGUUUUUGUAAGGGUUUCUUUUUUUAAAAACAAAAAAUGGGUUAGAUGGAUUGUUAUGAUUAGAUCAGUUUCGCUGGUGUAAUGUGUUAUUAUACCCAUUAUGAAUAUUGAUUUCAAAUAUAUGUAUAUGGAUUAAAUAUGUGCUAA